GUGAGGGAGAAACUCUUCCGCUUCAAUUAACUCACAGCCGGAAGAAACCGUGGAUGUAAUAUGGUCGUUCCGCAAUCCUACAAAGUUAUCUAAAUCUGGGGAACUUUGAAAAUUACAUAAUGGGCAGAUAAAAAUAGCUAUCGUUUAGGUAUAUAGUAGGGCGAAGUAAUCGUACCGCAACACUGAUCACAUCCAAAAAGGAGUUAUAUUUUAGAGGUGAAAAAAAAAAUCAAGACAACUCAGAAAGUUUUCUGCAUUUCAAGAAAUCAAGAACAUGUAUUUGAUCCUGGUAACCCUCCUCUCGCUAGUUUACAUUCAAAGCCAUGCAGCUCCACUCAUCUCAACGGAGCCUGUUAUUGAGUUUACCAUCCCACUCGUAGAAAACGGAAAGGACAGCGUUGAAAAGAUUCGCCUAGAUGCCAAGUCUAAUUCCGCAUUGUUCUCUGUCCCUUCUGUUCAAGGGUCAAAUGCAGGAGACAUUAUGGAGGAUUUCAAUAAGAAACUAACUCUGAUCCGAGUGCCUUAUCUUCGCGCUUGCUUCGUUUCACGAGGAGUCUCCGAUGCUUCGUCCCUCGCGGCACUGAAAUUAGGCCUGGGACUGAAUGAGUUUCAGGCUGGCGAAGGUGUUGAUGUUUCUAAGCUGACAAAAGAAACAAACACUUGGAAAGUUAGCUCGCUGCUGGUAGACCGCCGCCUGUUAAGUCAGGGGAUGGAUUCUCUUUGCGCCCGCUUUCCUAUCUACUUUGCUAGGCAACUAGUCACAUCUGCCACCGAUGAAAACCAAGCAGACAAAGAGCAAGACGAAAGCCAAAGCAUGCGCAGAAAGAGGAGUCAGAAUUGUGUUGGAACAGUAUGCAGAUAUAUAUGGGUAUUUAGAUGGAACGCGGCAACAAAUUCAUAUUGGAAAAAAUUAGUGAGACGUUGUGAUUCUCUUUGUUAGUGGAGAUUAUCUGGCCAAUUUCACUAGGACACAAAGGAAGUAAUCACCCUUAAUACACUAGAGAACUACAAUCCUUAUCAAAUCAUGAGACAUUUUACACGCGCUUAGUAGUCGUCCUUUAAUCUUCUACUUCCUAGUGAGAACCAAACCCUUAUGCGACCUGAUAUUGAACACACAUGGAAACGCCUUUAUCGAUUGAAAAACAUUUAUUAACAUUAUUUAAAGCAAUUUUUUUAAAGUUGUAUUUAUUUUAGGUAAAAUUAUCACGUCACUCGUCACACUUGUAGCUGGAUCAUAACAUAAGUAGCCCAGACCAGAGGUUUGUGUAUAUAAGAUGUAUACAACAGCAAUGCGGCAAUGAAAAUAUCAAGUUAAGGAAUUCAGUUAAAGUGUUUCUCAUAAAAUUCCCUGAAACUUUGCAUGUGGUCAGAUCUGAUUGGUUGAAAAGACCUUUUUAUGCACUGGAAUGCACAAACCAUUGGCUUGGGUUACCUGUGGUUGCAUAACCACCAGGGCCCGGUUUCUCGAAAGCAGGUUAGCGCUUAUAACUCAUAAUGAAAAGGACGGAAAGAAUGGGUUACCUGUGGCAAAAUUGCGAAGGAGGGAGACUAAGGAGAAGUAGAGAGGGAAUGGGGCGGGGAGAGGGGGAGAAGGUCCCCUUUUCCACUGCAGCGCUUCCGGUUUGUCACUUCCGUUUUUUUUUUUGCCACAGGAAACUCAAUCCUUUUUUUUGUCUUUAUCUGCUCUUGGAGAUUCCUGCGGAGGAAGCUAGUUAGCGCUUAUUCACGGAUAAUAAGGUUAUCGAGACAUUUGAUUGGAUAACAACCUUUUAUUUCUGGGUUAGCGUUAACCUGCUUUAUAGAAACCCGGCCCAGAUGCCCAAAUUUGUACGGAAUCGAGUCAAAAUGCAAUUUUGCGAUUUUUAAACUAAACGUUUUAUUAUGAAGUUUCAUGUUAUACAUGAGUAUUAGGAUAAAGUGUAAAUAAGCGAGAGUGCUCGUUUUUAUAAAUGUGAAAAUGAUGUAAAGACAUUUCUUUAAUAUAAAUAUAUGUAAAUCAA